UUAAAAAAACAAACACAUUUUAUAUAUCUUUGAGAAGUUCUAUAAUGUGUUAUCUAUUUCUUCUUUUCUUGUUUUGUCUUCUCAAUCUCCAGGGGGAGGAGCGUUCGACUUCAAUCCAAGGCAUGAGAUGGUGCUGAGUGCCAUGACAAGACAAGUCAAGGAGGGGAUCUUGCCUCAGUCCAGCGAGACUGGAGCUUCAACACUGCCGUUGUCUCAAAAUGCAGGGGCCGUGGAGCUUCUGCAGAGCAUGGGGGAGGAGGCAGGAGCGGUGGAGGAGGAGGUGGAGGGGGAUGAGGUAGAGAUGGUUGAGGAGAGGGAGCCCAGAAGGGGGAAGAUGAAGACAAAAUUUGGUGGAAAAAAAACAGUGAAAAAGUCUAACGGGGUGUCGUACGAAGAGUACCAAGAGCGUCUCCUGCAAGUUGAGCAGGAGAAGCUUGAAGUGAUGAAAAAAAAUCAUGAGUUGUUGAAAAAUAAUCAUGAUUUGAUGAAAAGUAUGCUGACAGUGAUGUCAGAAUACUUUUCAUCAAAUCAUGAUUGUGCAAAAUGAUUUUUUUUUUUUUCAUUUUUAGAAAAUUUACCGUUAUUUGAUUUGAUUCCAUUGACUUCAAACAUAUCAAGAUUCUCCUGCUCAAUAUUUGGUAAGACGCUUUUGGUAUUCUUCAAACUAUGUACAAUUUCACCUCCCCCUUUCCAUUCUCUCUCUCCUAACCAUCUCCAUCUCUUUCUCUUCUUCCAAACAUUAUUGGUGCCUUUAUUGAUGCCUCCAUUUGUCUUCCCAAUUUCACUUUGUAAAUCGCUCAACUUUCAUCUGUGUAAUAUAUGUAGGGUAAGAAAAAUACUCCCCAAAGAAACUUGUAGCCAUGCUAUUCGAUCGCUUGUGCUUAGUAGGUUAGGUUACUCAAACUCCCUAUUUAUUAAUGUGAAUAAAACAAAUAUUGAGAGGUUGCAGGGCAUCCAACAUCAUACCGCCAUGAUUGUUUUGAUGUUUUGAAAGCAAGGAAGCAGGAUAGGGCAACUCAUUUAUUGGAGCAUUUACAUUGGUUGCAUACUGAGAAGAGAAUUCGUACAAGGUUUCUUUGAUUGUUUAUAAGUGCAUACACAAAUUUCCCUGCUGAAUUCAAAGGCUAUUUUCAGGAAUUUCCUCUUCUACCAUAUAGCAGAUAAGCUGAUGUGACAGAGGACCACUCAGCAAACAAUGUAUUUUAGAUUUUGACCAGAAGGUAAUUUGUACAUUUUGCAGACAAAAUCUAAUUUUGUCAUGUGCGGCAUGAAUCACAAUUAUGUCAGAUUAUUCCUGUCUGUUUAAAGUUGAUAGUGACCUAGAAUCCAAAUGAAACAAAGAAUAUUGGUAAUUUUUAAGACUUUAUUGUCAGAUUCCGUUGAGUGCAUGAUUCAAUUCUUUUUCAAAGUUAACAAUACAUGUGAAGAGUACAUUUGAAUAUGUGCACAUCGUAAUUCCACCUCUUGCAAUAACCAAACUGAAAAUGAAUCAGUCUUUACUUGGCACAAAACAUACCACUGUGCAGUACUAGUAUCUGAAAUAUUAGAACCUAAGUAGAAACACUUCCACAAAGACAAUUCCAAGUUCCGAUAUUUUUAAGAGGAACUUUUAGAUGGUUUUAUCAUUUGAUUACUCUCAGAUUUACACAUGUUUAUAUUUUCAGCCUUUAAAUGUAUACUCCACCUUUAAGGGAAGAUGAUAAAUUGCACUAUUUUGCAAAUUCCAUAGAUCAGUUAGGUACAAGUCAAUCUUUAACCUGACAGAACCUUGUUUCUUAACCAACUAAAAUUUGUUAGGAGGUCAGAAAACUAUGAUCACUGUAUUUUGUUGUUAUAAAAUACAGCAUUAAAGCUAUACAUUCACAUUUAAAUAUACUGUAUAGUGCUUGCAAACAAGUUAUGACAUUUAUGAAAAGUAAUUAUUGAUGAGUUCUGCUCGAAGAGCAAUGCCAGUCAGCUGGUUCUGAUCUGCGGGGUGGUGUGGCACUUCAUCCGGUUCCACUUCGAUGGCUUGUUCCGGUUCUUUAAGGUCUUUGGCGAUGUUAAAGAGGCAAU